AUGGCUCGAAUGGGUUUCGUUAUAAACUGGAUUGAAACUAUUAUGAAAUGCUUAACUUCUGUUUCCUAUUCAAUUGUGGUUAAUGGAUACAUAGGAGAAAAGUUCCAACCAACAAGGGGACUUUGUCAAGGAGAUCCAUUGAGUUCGUUUUUAUUUCUCAUAUGCGAAGAAGGUUUAUCCUGCUUAAUGCGACUUGCAGCUAGAGAAGCACUACUGAAAGGAGUAAAAGCCAACAGAAAUGGCCCACAGGUAUCGCAUUUGCUAUUUGUAGAUGACUGUAUCUUCUUUAGUGAGGUGACUAGUAGAAGAGCUACUUUAUUGAAGAUAAUUUUAAGGGAAUAUAGAAUCUGUUCGGGUCAAUGUGUUAACUUUGAGAAAUCAACUGUCUUUUUUAGCAAAAACACUCAGCGGAAGAUAGACAAGUAG